CUCACACCAGCCCUUUAGACCCACUUCUCCCACCUUUUCUUCACUACUUCAGUUCACACACUCUACGACUCUCUCUCUCUCUCUCUCUCUCUCUCUCUCUCUCUCUGUGUGUGAUGUCGUCUGCAAAUCCAACUGAGACAGCCAAUGGUGCCAACCUCGGCUACGGCAUCGCCAUCGCCGUAGGCAUUCUCGUCCUCAUCUCCACCAUAAUGCUCGCCUCUUACGUCUGCGUCAGAGUCAAAGCCAACGGCAGCGAUAGUGGUGGCGACGGUGGUGGUGGCUCAGACACCAAUAGCCACCAAACCUUGCCGGAGCCGACGGUUGUGGUGGUGGGCCUUGACAUGCCCAUUAUAGAGUCUUACCCAAAGUUGAUCUUAGGUGAGAGCAAACGACUACCCAGGCCCAACAACGACCCAUGUUCCAUUUGCUUAUCGGAGUUCCGUCCAAAGGAAACCAUCCGGUACUUACCCGACUGCAAGCAUUCCUUCCAUGCCGACUGCAUCGACGAGUGGCUCCGGAUGAGUGCCACGUGUCCUCUCUGCCGUAACUCUCCGGUUCCGUCUCCGGUUCCUACGCCGGUUGACACUCCUUUGUCGGAGCUGGUUCCACUUGCCUUUCACGCAAGGUGACUCACAUUUUAUUUUUAUUUAAAGAAAUUAUAUAUUAAAAUAUUAAUUCGUUGGGAAGGUUAAGUAUUA